CGCGAGGAACGGAGACGGGGAGGAGUGCGAGCAGCAGACACUUGACGGCCCCUGCCUGCGUCGUCGUGACACACAGCUGAUCAGUCGGCUCCGCGACGCGUGUGAGUGAUCUGCGCGUGUCAACGGGAUGACAGAAACGCUUUGACACGGUGAGCGUGUGGUUUAUGUGCGCGUACUGGUGUUGCUCCGCAUUCUCUAUGCGCCUGGACAACAACGUGGACGACGGCGACGAGGAGGAGGAGGACGACGACGACGACGACGACGACGACGACGACGAGGAGGAGGAAGAGGAGGAGAAGAAGAAGAAAGAAGAGGAGGACGAGAAGGAGGUAGCUGGCAAUCACGGUCGGAGGAGAUUUUACCCGCGAGGAGGAGAUUGUCCGUGACGAGGGCGGAGGAAGAACAACGACAGUCGGGUCGAUCGACGACGCGCCGCCGACGGGGGCUGUGACUGUGGGGAAACAGACGGUUUCUGCGGAAAAACAACGAGAAAGCGGAGAAACACCGUGGCGACAAUUUUACGAAGCGAACGACCUGUGUGAGAAAAAAUCCUUGCACACGGAGAGGUGUAACAUUGACGUCGCUCAUCCCCGUCGCUAUAGUUGCGAUGUUUCUAUAGCCCUGUCCACAUCGCCGUGAAUAGUCAUUUGGGAGCGUGCGCGCGCGUGAGCGAGCGAGCAAGCGAGAAGUGAUAAACACACAGCGAGCGCGCACCUCGGAAGAAGGACAGAGAUUGACAUCCGGAAAGGAUAGGAAAAACAACACAGCAAGAAAGGAAGGAAAUCGACGGCAUCGCCCUUCACUUUGUCUCUCUCUUUAUCUCUGAUUUCUUCUUUCUUUGUAUUUUGCAUUUACCCGUUGUUACUCCUUUUUUUUUUUAUCAUCUCGUUGUACACGCAUAUAUAUACAUAGAUUAAAUAUAGAUAUACAUAGUACAUACAAAUUAUUCUGCUCCGUGACACACACGGUCCCUAGACGCACUUGUUUUAUCUUAUCCAAUCGUGUGUGCGUGUGUAUACAUCGUUCGGUGUGCGUGAUAAACGCUCGCGAAUAAAGAUCGAUGACGAUGCAACGGGUUCAAGAUCAGGACAAUGGUAUCAACAUCAAAUUCGGCCCGGGGAAACACCGGAAGGGCGACUACACGCUGGUGUCGCAGAAUUCCGACAACAAAGAUCGCAUCAAUGGGACCAAUAAGACAGAUGGGCUGCUUUUGGAUAAAAAAAACGAGAAAACUGAAGAGAAAAAGAAAGCAGAUCAGGACUUGGUACCACCGGACGGAGGCUGGGGAUGGUUGGUACUCCUAGCCUCCGUCAUGGUGAAUCUUCUCAUCCCGGGCACCAUCAAAUCCUUCGGAGUGUUGUUCGUUGAAUUUCUCAGUGUGUUCGACGCGACACCGGCUGCAGCUGCGUGGAUACCGUCGCUGUGUUACUUCCUGUACAGCUCACUAGGCCCACUCUCUAGUAUACUCUCCGUCAAGUAUUCUUAUCGCACGGUAACAUUAAUAGGAGGAACAUUUGCUGCGGCAGGGAUGAUGCUGAGCUAUUUCGCGGACUCUGUGGCCUUUCUAUGCGUUAGUUAUGGCGUACUGGUAGGUACCGGGGCGGGAUUAGCAUUUCCCCCGACUGUAUAUAUUGUAACAUCGUAUUUUGUACGGCUACGAGGACUCGCCAACGGGCUCUGCAUAUCCGGCAGCGCGUUAGGCUCAAUAUUUCUUCCGCCUAUUCUGGGCUUUCUUCUGCGGGAAUACGGUUACAGAGGCGCGGUAUUGAUAAUGGGAGCUGUCACGCUAAACGUUUGGGCGAGCGCGCUUCUGUAUCACCCGGUGGAGUGGCACAUGAUACCAGCUCGAGUCCCGGACGAGACAGACGAGCGCGAUAACAACGAGACCGUAUCUGUCACCGUCACCAGCAGUCCCGAACAACCGAUCGAGAAGAGCAACAACCAGCUGGCGUUGUCAAUGGACUCGACGAGCGAGAAAGCCGCGCCGAUCGUGCCAAAAAGCGCGUCGAGCGUCGCGCUCGAAUACUACAAGAACACGCCCCCGGUGCAGGGCCGCACGCGUAAGAUCAGCAUGCCGGUCGGGCGCGAGAUCAGCGGCCAGAUGCACAGCACGCCGACAUUGCAUGCCGUGCCGGAACACGGCAAGUACUCGCGUACGGCAAAAUCACCGCUCCAGUCGCCCAGCGCGUCGUCCUUCAACUACGUGAGCACUCCGUAUCACGGUAGCACGCUAUCGGUGCUGCAUCCGGAGCGCGCGUCCACGCUCACGCUGAACGCCAUCUCCAGCACGUUCGUCAAGAAGUCAAACGUGUCGGAACAGAAACAGCGUGAGGUCGAAGAGAAGAAUCAGGAAAACAAAUUCUUUGACUUCAGUCUGCUCAAGGAUCCCGUCUACCUCGUUAUUCUCAUUUCCAACUCCACCAACGCCGUCAGCUACACCAACUUCGUCAUCCUGCUGCCGGCCUACGCCAUCUCCCUGGGUUUCGACAACUGGGACGCGUCCCUGUUGCUGUCGAUCGUCUCAAUGCUCGAUCUGGUGGGUCGUAUCGGCGGGGCCACCUUGUCCGACAUCAAAUUCAUGCCCAAACACUGGUACUUUGUCGGUGGCUUGCUUGCUUCCGGAAUCUCUCUGGCCAUAUUGCCCACUUCUAACGCGUACACCAUGCUGUCCGUCUAUUGCGCAUUCUUUGGUCUCGCGUCAGGCAUCUACGUAGGCAUCACCGCUGUGAUCAUGGCCGACAUGCUGGGCACGGAGAAGCUGACCUCGUCCUACGGUAUCUCGUUGUUCGUCAACGGAGUCAUCCAGCUGGUAGGGCCGCCAAUUUGCGGCAUAAUAUUCGGACAUAUCGGUAGCUACGGGCCGAUUUUCAGUAUACUCGGAAUUAUUCUUGUGUUCGGCGCGUCCCUCUGGGGUCUCAUGCCGUUCAUUCGAAGAAGGCAGAAGUUGGAAACGUCCGCCAGAAUAGACAAAGUAUAGUAGAUCAAUUAAACGAAAUACACAAAAUUGAGAAAGUCUGUCCAUUAAUAAUAUCGCGAUGUAUAUUUCUCGUAGUUUCACAUUGAAACGCUUUUUUUAAUGAUCUUUUGGUGUGAAACUACAAAAAGGAUCAAACCGAAGACGAGUGGUCGAGCAACGCAUCGACACUUCGCAAAGGCACACAUGAGCUUAAUUGCAUUCGGCCGUCUUGGUGGUACGGCCGUGCGAACGGAGCGUGAAUGCGCGUGUGUGUAUGUGUGUGAGAGGUAGCAAGAACGUAUUCGAACAUUAAACUCUAAUAUUAGCGCGAGUGUGUUAAAAUUUUCAAGCUACGCCGAGUUUUCGGGUUUAUAGCAAAAGUUGGAGCGAAAUAAAAACUUUCGUUUUAAAAAAAUGAACAAACUCGCGCAAAAUUCGGUGACUUCACACAAAGUGUAUCUACUUAUGUCUAUGCUUAAUCAUCGAAUAAUUAUUAACUCUUAUAACGAUUUUAGUAAUUAUAGUAAUUACAAUAUAUUAAAGUGUUCGGUAAGCAGAGCGAUAAAUGUGGAGAAAUCGCACCGCAUCAAAUUUCAACAAGAAAAAAAAAAGAAAAAGAAAAAAAAACACGCGCCGCGUGUGUCAGAGUGAGAUUUUAUUCGAUUAACUUACAAUAACUUUUUCUUUCACUACGUAAGACGGAAUCUUGCAUUUUUAUAGCUUGAAGACGAUUGUAUAAACUAUAAAUCUAUUCUUUUUUUUUUAUAGUUUUAAACAAAGAGAAAUUUUGAAAACAAGAUCUAAGAUAUAAAAACCGAUGCAUUUAAAAGAGUUGUUUGUGUACUUAGUGUGUUAUAAAUACAAAGUACUUAGAGCGUGGAAUACUUAAUAUGUAUAAUAUAAAGCCGCGAGAGAAGAGCGUGAUAAUUGAAGUUCCUUCUACGGCUAUGCAUUUAGAAAUAAAAAGCGAAAUGAGAGAUUACUUUUGUCUUUGAUUUCUCUGACAAUCGCACAAAAAACUGUAAAAAAAUUUUUAUUUAUGUUUUAACUAAAAAUCUUCUAAACUAUUCUCUACUUUGUGUUAGGUGAUGCUGGAUUCUGAUUUGAUCACAUUUAUCGCUACGUAUACGUCAUUGUAACUAACGACGAAGAUGCGGCACAAUGCAACUUCUUGCAAAUGUAGUCUAUUAAAAUGCAUUAUUACUCAAUUAAGAAAAAACGAUUUUCGAGAAAAGUAUUUUGGAGAAAUGCACAAAUGCCUUCUCAAAGAUAUUGGGUUGUGUUCGGAUGAUCCGUAGCGUUUUUCAAAUACCAGUUGCCAUUAUCGUAGAUAGAAAGAAUAACAAAUCAAGAAAUACAAGUUAAAGAAAUUUAAACUGUAAAUCUUUAAAUUUUUUUAAUUUCAGUAAAAAAAAAACGCUACGUACGCUCCGAACAACUCGAUAAAAAAAAAGAUCUCUUGCCUUAUAUACUAUUCGAAAAAAAAAAUCACUUACUCUCUUCGUGAAAGUAAAACUUUUCUAUCGGCAUAAAAAAAAAACAUCCACUUCUUCUCGAGUACUUAGUAGGGAAAGAAAACAGCGAGCUGAAAUCGCACCGGAACAAAACUGCGAUGACAAUUUAGCACACCUUAAAUUUUAGUUUUACUGAAUUAUUUAUAAAAUAAUUUGCCAUGGACUACACACAGGCAUUUGUUUCUAAAGACUCAAUCGCGCAUAUUAUCUUUAAACGCAAUUUUUAAUAUUAGACCAAUUCAGAAGCGAGUUUUAUUCGCAAAAACCGUAUCAAAUAUCAUACGGAAAUAAAGAAGCGCUUUCCUUUAGAGGCUGCCCUUUUCUCUCUGUUAUAAGAGCCAACACUUAUAAUCAAUAUUUAUUUACCAAACGUAUGAAAGAGAGACUUAGCGAUAAGAGCAUAGGUGCAAAAAAAUAUAGUCAAAUUGUUUGAACGUCAAUAUUCAACACUGUUCUGUGUCAAAAACGGCGUUAAUGCCGUUUUUUGGCGCGCACGCGGAAAGAGUUUUCAAGUCGAGUUUUCAUUUUUCAAAAACUCUUUCGAAAUCCGCCGGAAAUAAUGCCUUAUCAGUAGACCAUAAGCAGUUUAUAAGAGUAAUAUAUACAUAUAUAUAUACAUAUAUAUAUAUGUUAUGUUUAUAACUCUAUACACAAAAAAUACACAUAAAAUAAAAAAAAAGGAAGUACUUCAGAAUAAGUCUAAAGACGUAUUUCUAUGAAGCCUUUUUCACACACACACAUAUAUAUAUAUAUAUAGAGCUGAAUAUUUAAAAUUUCUUCUCUUUUUCUUUGUGUAGCAUGUAACUUGUACAAUAUAUAUUUGUGUUUCUUGUUUGUAUAGUACAAAUAUAAUCAUUUAUAAACAAAAAAUGAUAAAACAACAGAAAAAAGCCACUCACAACUACUUUUAACACGCAGUCAAUAAUAAAUAAGAAUAUAAUUCUAGGUUUUGUAAGUUAGACGUUUUAAAAUAAAGAAGUAUAUACAAUA